AUGACUUUCAAUCUUCUUGAAGAUCAGGAAGAGGGCAGCCCAAACUCAUGGGACAAAAGGAAAGAUAUUUGUAUAAGUGUUAUCACAAGCUAUUCUCCAAUGGUCCUCUGUACUCAACAGGGUGUGAAAUCACAGCUGGACUAUCUUCAGCAGUGUUUGCCAGGUUAUGAUCAAUUUGGGAUGUCGAGGAAAGGGUUCGAAGACAUAUCAGAUCAGUAUUGCACCAUCUUCUAUGACAAAGAAAAGGUAGAGCGGUUAGAGGGCGGUACAUUUUGGCUAUCUGAGUCACCUUCAGUACCUGGAAGCAUGCGAAGUGCUCUACUUACGUGGCAACACAUCGCCUCUUUACCUCCUAGUUUGCCUGUUGUUUACUGUGGAGGAUUUAACACACAAAAGGAAUCAACCACUGGCCGCUUUCUUCUUGGUAGAUCAAGAGAACACGGGGUUGUAGGUGACAUGAGGGAUGCUUGGCCCAAUGCUCGAGUGAGGAAAAAUGUAUCCCUAAUUCGCACAUAUCAUGGAUUCAAAGGUGACAAGCAGGGAGCCAUGGAAUUCCUUAAGCUGAUAUUCCGAGCGCUUUGCCUCUGCUGGGAUCGCCAAACUCAGGAUCUACACAUCGACUGGGUGCUAUUUAGAGGAAGAUCUCUGAUACCAGUCUCAUGCGAAGUGAUAAGUGACAACAUUGAUGGUCUUUAUCCGUCGUCACAUUACCCUAUAUUUACCGAGUUUAUGCUCCCACGCACUGUAAGAUUAAUUGAUCCACCCACUGAAGAUGGAAGUUGA